ACAGUUACUGCUGCAGAAAAUAAGGACAUCUGUCUUAAAGUUACUGAGCUUACUCUUGCCGGUAUAUUAUCAUUAUUUGUGCUACAGUUUUAACAUUUGUGUAUUUUUGUUGAUCCCAUUAGUGGGCGUGGUGUAUGUUGGGAAUAUUUGAAAUGAACCAAUCACACACUUAAUCUAUUGAGGUAUGACAACAACAAAACUUUCGCCAUUACUUGAGAAAGAAGUACCACGCAGAGGCGGAUGGGGACGUGACAAGUGGAUAUAAGUUUAUGUUUGUGGCAAGAUGAAUGGCUUCAGCACGGGCGAAGAAGAUUCACGAGGGCCCCCAGAUCAGAUAUGUUGUCUUGUAGAUGAAGAGGAACGGUGCCUUCGCCCUGCAGGCAACGCAUCGUAUAGUAAACGAAUCCAGAAAACUGUGACACAAAGGAGACUUAAACUUCACCUUGAUCAUGCAGCUAGACACAUCUACAUCUGUGAUUAUCACAAAGACGUAAUCCAAAAAGCAAGAACAAAACGACGGAGGAAGGAUUCAGAAGAUGACUCAAAUGAAACUGAUACAGAUUUACCAGAAGUGGACCUCUUCCAGUUGCAAGUAAAUACACUGAGAAGAUACAAGAGGCAUUACAAAGUACCAACAAGACCAGGGACCAAUAAGGCUCAGCUGGCUGAUACUUUAAUGAAGCAUUUUAAAACAAUUCCAGUGGUUGAAAAAGAAGCUCUGACAUUUUUUAUUUACAUGGUCAAAUCUAAUAGUAAUAAACUUGAUCAGAAAAAUGGUAUUAGUGCAGAUGCAACAUAGUUUUUAAAGUAUUGUUAUGAUUAUGACGUUUUUGUUAUAAAUGUGCAAUUUUAAAAUAUAAGGGAUAUAGGAAACUAUUCUUAAAGUAUGUGAGUGGAGGGAGUGUGUGUUUUGAAACAUGAUGAAUGUUGCUUGUUGAUAGCAAAGGAACAAGACAUGCGGAACUAAUACCUGAACUGUUGGCAGUUUGAACACAAAUUAUUGCAGUUUCCAGUUUUAUUGUCAAUGUCUAGUCUAGAUAAGUUAUACAAAUAUUUGAUGAUUCAUAAAGUGUCUGGUGUACCAAGUGUGUAUGUAUGGUAUUUUGUGAAAAAUUACAGAUAUUUUUAUUUGAAUGUAAUUCAGUCUGCUGGUAUAUCUAGAUGCCAUUUUUUAAAAUAAUGAUGUUUUUAAGUUUAAUUUAUUUGUAUAUAUUUAAAUCAUAUGGCAGCAUCAACAUGGUGGACCCUGAUUAUAACAUGCUUUUAAGAUGUUUACGUUAUGGUGUAGAUCAGCCUUUCAGAGGGCCAUGUCACUUUGACAGGAAAAAGUAGGUAAUGAACGCUGGUUUAAAUGCUGAACAUUAUCAUUUCAAAUAUAACAGUAUUUUUUGGUAUGAAAUACCAGAUGCCAAAUGGCACAAAUCUGGUGGGUGUGAGAAGAUACUGGCACAAGAUGAAGAGUUGAGUAAAACUUUUAAAUAUAUUGCAGGAAUUUUCUUACAACAAAGCUUUUAUCAUUAGUUCAAUGUAAAGUUAUGGAUAUAUAAAAAUGCAAUAAUUUUCAGCAGAGGCGAAACGUGCUUUCACUGUCAUAUUAAAGAUAAAUAUCCUAUGGUAAUUUCUGCUUAAGCAUAAAUUGCCAUAGAAAAACUUUUAUUUGUUUGCCAAGUAAAUAGUUUGGUUUUUGAAAAAACGUUAUUUUGUGCAGAUUAGCAACCUUGAGGUUGACGGUAAAUGAAUGUAACGUAACAUAUUUAUUGUGUUGCAUUCAUCAGAUACUUUUUUCUGAUUAAAUCUAAUUUAAUGUUAAAGUAUCGGUAAGAGUUAAUUUUAUACUGAGUUGAAAUGACCGCUCUGAAUGCUAGUAUUGACUGCAAAUAUAAUUUUAGGUAUGGAUUUUAUUAAUAAGCCCCCAGUACUUUAUUUCAACAAUAAUUUUUGCACUGAUGCUUUGUGUUUUUCUGUGAAUUUAAAAUCAAACCAAGUACAAAAGAUUAUUCUCUUUUUCCCCAUUAUUUAUUAGCAUACUGGAGAAUGAAUUUUAUUACCCUUUUAAGUACUUCAAAUUACACUAUACACUUUUAUAAUAAUAAUAAUAAUAAUAAUGUGUAUUUAUAGCCAUAGUUCUUAUAUUUGGCAUACAGCACUUGUGUUGUCAUGAAUCUAUUUCAGCAGCAUUGUGAGAAAGUGCUACUUUGUGUUGUGUACAGAUACAAGUAUGAGAAAUUCAUGCUUUUUAUUCACAUGUGCCCCACUGAGAAUCUGAUAUGUCUGUUUUAUCUGUGUUGAGAUCAGCAUUUAAUAUUUUGUUUGGUUGACAGUCCAUCUAAACAACAAUCUUUAGGUGAAGAUGACCACUUAAGGUCAAGAAGUAGUGGAUUUUAAUAAAUAUUGAAACUAUAAUAAAAAAUUUGUUGUGUAGACUGGCUGUCAGCCUGUCAAUCAACACAACAGAAUGCAUCCCUU